CCUGGGCGGGCGCAUAGAAAAACGGGGGGGGAGGGGGGCGCGCGAAGGUAAGGGGCGGCUGCGACCUUCUGCUAUGGCAGCCUGUUCCUUUCGGAGGAGCAUCGCUUCCCAGCUUUCAAAGAUUUUGGAUCUGCCACCAGAAAGUUUAAUACAGUCCAUAUCUGCGGUUCCUGUCUCCAAGAAACGGCAUGUUGCUGAUUUCCAGCUUUCCAUUUCUUCUGUUACAGGAGACAGUGCUAGUAAUCACUUGGCACAAGAUCUUCAAGCUCAGAAACUAGCUGAAAAACUAAAAUGUGAUGCUGUAGUGAGUGGAAUCAGUGCUGGGCCAGGAACAGUGAACUUUACAAUAAACAGAGAAUUAUUAGCAAAGACUGUGUUGCAGCAGGUGUUGAAAGAUGGCUCAGAGUAUGGAGUAAAAAGUGAACUUUUCUCUGCAGUGCCUAGACAAAAGGCAGUGAUUGAGUUCAGCUCCCCCAAUAUUGCUAAAAAGUUUCACAUAGGACACUUGCGUUCCACAAUAAUAGGGAAUUUCAUAGCAAAUCUCAAAAUUGCACUGGGACAUGAAGUAACAAGAAUAAAUUACCUCGGUGACUGGGGCAUGCAGUUUGGCUUAUUGGGUGUUGGUUUCCAAUGCUUUGGCAACAAAGAAAAGCUAGAAUCCAGUCCUCUACAGCACUUGUUUUAGGUGUAUGUGCAGAUUAACAAAGCAGCGAAAGAGGAAAACACAAAAAAACUGGCUAAAGAUUUCUUUAGAAAACUGGAGGAACGUGAUGAACAGACGUUGUCUCUUUGGAAACAAUUUAGAGACUUCAGUAUCAAAGAAUACAUCCGAAUUUAUAAGCGUCUAGGAGUGCACUUUGAUGAAUAUUCAGGAGAAUCAUUUUACCAAGAGAAGUCCCAGGAAGUUCUAAAGAUGUUGGAGGAUAAAGGACUCCUUCAGAAAACAACAGAAGGAACAGGAAUUGUGGAUCUUUCAGAAGAGAAAGACCUCUCAUCGUUUUCCACUGUCAUGCGUAGUGAUGGGACAUCGCUCUAUAUAACAAGAGAUCUUGCUGCUGCUAUAGACCGAAUGAAUAAGCAUAGCUGGGAUACUAUGAUUUAUGUGACAGAUAAAAGUCAAAGUAAUCACUUUCAACAUUUGUUCCAAAUACUGAAGCUCAUGGGUUAUGACUGGGCAGAAAGGUGCCAGCAUGUGUCUUUUGGUCUAGUUCAAGGGAUGAAGACUCGGAGAGGAGAAGUAAUUUUCCUAGAAGAUGUUUUAAAUGAAGUUCGCUCAAGGAUGUUGCAAAACAUGGCUUCUGCAAAAACAACCAAAGAGAUAGAAGACCCCAUAGAGACAGCAGAGAAAGUUGGUCUUGCAGCAUUAAUAAUUCAGGACUUUCGGGGCCUUCUGUCAUCUGAUUAUCAGUUUAGCUGGGAUCGAGCUCUUCAAAGUCGUGGAGAUACAGGCGUGUUCUUGCAGUACACUCAUGCCAGACUCCAUAGAACAGAUAGCAUGGGACAUGAGCAGGUAACCGAGGUUAACGCGGCGUGCUUGCAAGAGCCAGAUGCCAUCUCUGUUCUUCAGCAUCUUCUCAGGUAUGAUGAGGUCCUAUAUAGAUCGUCUCAGGAUCUGCAGCCCAAGCACAUUGUCAGCUACCUCCUCACACUUAGCCAUCUUGCAGCUGUGGCACAUAAAACCCUUCCUGUAAAAGGCAGCGCCCCUGAACUAGCACAGGCAAGGCUCUGUCUCUUUCAAGCUGCACGCUUGGUUCUAGCCAACGGAAUGAAACUUCUGGGUAUCACACCCGUGACUCAAAUGUAACGAGGCUGUACACAAUGGAAAGUCACAUCUCUCAGUAAAAGGAUUUUUUUCAAGAGAAUAUAAAUAUUUUCCCGUGCGUCAUUGCUGAUGCAGACUGGAAGCUGUCUGCUCUUGGAGGUGUUACCACAUCAACCCCAGAAGAGCUCGCAGGGCACAGCCUUUUGGGGGAGGGCAGGGUUGUCACAAUCACUC